AUGGGAGUUCAUGGAACAAUGUUAAUUCUGGACGUCGCAGAUCCUAAAGGUGAAAGAAAAGUUGACAACAAUGUAUCUAUUGGACCACCUGAACCCCAGGCCAUCUGGCCUGUGACUGAUUACCUACACAAUAAUACAGAUUACGGGGUCCUAAAAAAUCUAUACGGUGUUUAUCAUGAAGUUAUAUAUACAACACCGGGACCGGAAGUUGGCCUUGCUUCGCUCAAGUUCGACGCUGCAAAAAGCUCCUAUAUGACGUUUUUCAAUGACGGGUCCUUGGAUGGUUUCCAUGCAGUCACCUGGAUAUUUUAUAUAAAACCAGCGUUUCAACAGAAAGCCGUAUUGAUGCAUUAUGAAGGAGAUGGUACUUAUCCCGGAAUGGAAUUGAGACUGAGGUCAGACGACACUCUAGAACUUCGUAUUUAUAUAUGUGAUCCUUUGGGAUGUACGAAAAAAAAUUUCAAGAGUGCAGACACCACGGCGCCUCCAGGGGUAUGGACUCUCGUGGGAAUCACCUGGAAUAAGUUGUGGCCAGCUCCGGAGUUUGAUAUUAUUUCUCCAGACAAUUCAGCAGAUAAAUUUGAGAUUACCACGGAGAUGGAUCAUCUUCGACUGUCGGGGAACAUCCACUUCGGAGUAUCCUAUAAGAACAAAGACUACUUCACAGGAGAAAUGUCCUGUUUCCAGUUUUAUAAUACAUCCAUCAUAGGGAAAACACAAAAGGGUACACCCGACCUAUGCGACCCCAACACAUACACUUAUCCGGAAUAUGGUGAUCCAAUCGGCAGCAUUGAUUUCUACAACAUGAUGCUACCAACAACUGUAGAGAAAACAACACAGGCCAUCACAACUGAGAGCACAACAAUGACGUCAAUUGUUGAAUUGACGUCAUUUAAUGCUUUGAUGACAACAGAUACUAGAAAUAUGACGACGACUACUUUUCAGUCCGCAGUGAUGACAACAGAUGUAAUAAACGAAGAGAGAAAUGCGACAACGACUCAGUCAACAGUGAUGACAACUCAGGUUCCAACGUCAGAUUUCCCUGGACCGGAAACAUCGAUUCCAAGUGAGGAGCGGGUUCAGGAUUGCUGCUCCAAGUUUCUUCUGGUUGGAAAACAACUCACCCUGGCGACACCAACGUCGACUGCUUCCGCCGGAAGCUGGUCAUCAUGCACCAGGAUCUGUCUCACUGACGUCACGUGUAAUUACGUUGCCUUGGAUACCGUUAGUGGCCUGUGUUCGUUAAGUACAGAUUCUUCAACAGCUUCCCAUCCAACCUCCUCUGUUUUUGAGAAAUCAGAUGACACGAAUUGCUAAUGAAAUAAGAUGUUGUAGGAGCAUUCUUCUAAUUUGGAGCUAUUUCUCUCGAAGUUUUUAGCAGGACGACAGUGCGACCUUGUUAAUGGAUGUACAGAAAAGAAAAUAAUUUGUUGAUUUCCUUUUGGUUAU